AUUACAGCUGACAUUUUAGAAGAAAUGGCAUCCUUCAAGAAAAUAAAUACCAAAGUAUUCGCAAGACCGAACUCUGAAUUAACCCCGGAAAAUAUAUAUUGGAAGAAAUAUACCGCUCCUGUUUUAGUAAAAGAAUUUGGACCAAUCGAUUAUAUCGAUUUUUCACCGGUAGAGCCACACUACUUUGCCGUCACUUGUUCAGUGAGGGUGCAAGUGUACAAUCCAAUCACAAAAUUAGUUACAAAGAAUCUUAAUAGAUUUAAAGAAGCAGCUUAUGGUGGAUCGUUUCGCAAUGAUGGCAAACUACUUUGUGCUGGUGGUGAAGAAGCAGUAAUUAGACUCUUUGAUGUCCACACGAAAAGUCUUUUACGAAUGUUUUCCGGACACAAAGCUGCUAUACAUAGGACUUUCUUCACUACAGAUAAUCUUCAUAUUGCUUCAUUCUCUGAUGAUAAGACUGCAAUAGUUUGGGAUAUACCAAGUGAAAAACAAAUAACAUCUUUUAAUGAACAUUCGGAUUAUAUCAGAGCUGGUGCAGUUAGUCCUAUUUCCAAGGAUAUAUUAUUAUCUGGUGGCUAUGAUAAACAUAUAUAUAUGUACGAUACAAGAACAAGCAAACAAAUUCUCAAUGUGAGCCAUGAAGCUCCUGUUGAAAGUUUAUUAUUUUUACCCUCUGGAGGCAUAUUUUUAUCUGCAGGUGGAACAGAAAUUAGAGUUUGGGAUGCACUUGCUGGUGGCAAAUUACUUGCAAAAAUCACUCAGCAUCAUAAAACUGUAACGUGUUUAAAGAUAGCUUCGAAUGGUCACAGAAUUUUGUCUGGCUCAUUGGAUAGACAUGUAAAAAUUUAUGAUUCUGGAACAUAUAAAACUGUUCAUUCCUUAGAUUAUCCAAAUUCAGUUCUUAGCAUAGGAAUUAGUUCAAAUGAUGAGACUAUUGUUGCUGGUAUGGUUGAUGGUUUAAUUUCUGUAAGAAGAAGAGAAGAAGAAGUAAAAAAUGAAAAGCCACGACGUAAAAAAAUAUCAUACAGACGUUCUGGGAGAAAUUUACAUACUCCUCAAGUAGAUGUUGUUGUACACGAAGAAAUGAAAGAAAUUAUGUCCAGACACGAUGCUUGUUUAAGAAAAUUCGAAUAUUCAAAAGCUUUAGAUUGUGUCAUGACUACUUAUGUAGUAAAUAAAGCACCGCACGUUACAGUUGCGCUUAUGCAAGAGCUUAUCAGAAGACAGGGUUUAAAACAAGCUUUGAGUGGUAGAGAUGGCAAGUCUCUUGUAAAUAUCCUUAGGUUUCUGAAUAGAUAUGUAGGAAGUAUUCGAUUUGGAAGAGUACUGCUAUAUGUAACUAAUGUAUUAAUGGAUAUUUAUGAAGAUCAUUUGGACGAACUUGCAGCAGAACCGCGAAAAAUGUUUAGUAUUUUAGCGGCGAAGUUAGAAGAAGAAGAGAAUUUAAUGCUGGCAUUAUCAGAAUUGCAAGGAAAAUUGCAUAUGAUAUUAUCUGCCGCAGAAAAUGUACCUCCGACACUAGUAAAAGAUAUCCAAACUUUAAAACCAUCAAGUGCAGCUCAAAAAAAUUUAAUUUUAAGUAUUGCAUGAAUAUAACUUAAUAUACCGAGUUAUAGAUAAGAAAAAAGUUGUACA